CAACAAGAAGAAACUCAGUGUCCAUAGAAUCUAGCGCACCUCCUCCAACUCAUCCUCUCUCAAGAAAAAGAAGCAAUGGCCCGUACAAAGCAAACUGCUCGUAAAUCCACUGGUGGAAAGGCUCCAAGGAAACAGCUAGCCACCAAAGCUGCUCGUAAGAGUGCCCCAGCUACUGGAGGAGUCAAGAAGCCUCAUCGUUACCGUCCUGGUACCGUAGCUCUCCGUGAGAUCCGUCGCUACCAGAAGUCGACUGAGCUCCUCAUCAGGAAGCUUCCCUUCCAGAGGCUGGUCCGUGAGAUUGCUCAGGACUUUAAGACUGACCUCAGGUUCCAGAGCUCUGCUGUUGCUGCUCUUCAGGAGGCCAGUGAGGCUUACCUUGUCGGUCUCUUUGAGGACACCAACUUGUGUGCUAUCCAUGCCAAGAGAGUGACCAUCAUGCCCAAGGACAUUCAGCUAGCUCGCCGCAUCCGUGGAGAGAGAGCCUAAACAGGGCAACCAUCCAUUGAACUUUAUUCAACCGGCUCUUUUCAGAGCCACCCAUCUCUAACAAGAGAUUCUCAUCUGAUUCCAUCUUGUGAUGUUUAUUGAUUAUGUUUAUGAUUAUAUUUUAUUUUAACACACCAAAAAGUCAAAAAA